CGUUAUUUGGCGUCGGUGCUGUGGACUAGUUGAGUCGGCGGAGCGGCACAGAGGAGCUCCUCGCGGUUUCCUUUUUGAGAAAGUGUCGGGAGUUUUGGGCAGAGAGGCGGAGGAGAAGCUGGCGGAGCGGGACGGACGGAUUCAGGGACGGCGGCACGACUCAAAGUUUGCUUCUGUGUGUCGGUGGACUCUCGAAGCUGAACCGGGCUUUGUUUGUUUACACUUCGUGGCCCGGGCUCCAGCUGGUUUUGGCUGACGUUCAAGGACUGGGUUCAGUAAAUAGAAAUGUUACCGAGCCAGAUCGGAUCGGCUCCAUCUGGAAACGGGUCAGCGGCGGACAGACAUGCUUCGGGGAUCCUCGGGAGCGGGUCUCGUCCCGUUCUGGUCAGAGCGGGUUUAGUAGGUGUGAGCAGGCCGGGAGAAAUGUUGGGGGCGAACGGUCCGGGAGGUCCGAGAGCCGUGAGGCCGGGGAACGGGACGGGAAUGAGCCCUCUGCAGUCCACGGUCCAGGCCGGCAUGUUGGGGUUGAACCCCGCAGCGGCUCUCCCUCACGGAAACAGGUUCGACCCUGACCGCGACAGCGCGCCUCUGUGCAGCGGCUCGGACAACGAGUCGGACUCCGGGGACGAAGACGACCCCGUGGGUCCCCUGGGGGACAGCAGGAGGGGCGUGAAGCGGGAGCGCGUGGAGAUGGAGGCGUCGGGCAGCAGCCAGGAGGUGGGAGUUCCUCCCGGAGGGUUCGGCCUGGUGCCCUCAGGGGUCGCCGGGGCGAAGCCGGGCAAGAAGACACGUGGGCGUGUCAAGAUAAAGAUGGAAUUUAUCGACAACAAGUUGAGACGAUACACCACCUUCAGCAAGAGGAAGACUGGCAUCAUGAAGAAGGCUUAUGAACUUUCUACACUAACAGGAACCCAGGUUCUGCUGCUUGUGGCCAGUGAAACAGGUCACGUCUACACAUUUGCCACUCGCAAACUCCAACCCAUGAUCACCAGCGAAACAGGAAAAGCUCUUAUCCAAACGUGCCUUAACUCGCCAGACUCACCGCCACGCACUGACCCCUCCAUGGACCAGCGCAUGAGCGCCACAGGCUUUGAGGAAACGGACCUAACCUACCAGGUGUCUGAGUCUGAGAGCCUAGGCGACACUAAGGACACGGUGAAGCCGGCAUUCACAGUGGCGAGCCUGCCCGGCUCGACCAGCAGCACACAGUCCACAGUGCCCACGACCUCCACUGCCAUGCAGGUGAGCGGCGGGGCCUCGUUUCCCAUCACCAACUACCUGACGCCUGUCUCAGCCAGCAGCAACAUCAGUGCAAAUGGUACCGUUCUCAAAUCCGCUGGUGCCUCCACAGGGGUCAUGCAGUUGCCAGGCGGCUUUACUUUUAUGCCAGCAGGCACACCUCUGCCCCCCGGCACCCCCGCCAUUCCUCUGAGCCAGCUGCCGCAGCACUCCCUGGCCCUCCAGGGGCAGCACGGUCCGGCCCUGGCCACCAGCCCGCAGCCACAGCAGGGACAGCAGGCUGUGUUCCGCUUCCCUGCUGCUGUCUCCCUCACAGGAGCCGGAGUUCCCCAGCAGCUCCAGGCCAUCCAAGUCCACCCCAACACCCAGUCCACCUCCACCAGUGAUGGCCCAGACAUCUCCCAUAGUGCCGCCAACUCCAGUGCAACAGUGAGUCUCCCAGCAACCAUCGUCACCUCAUCAGUGCCGACGUCUGUGGCGGGUCACAUGAUGUACCCCAGCCCCCACACAGUGAUGUACGCGUCCACACCGGCACUAACUGAUGGGGGGCUCGCUGUGCUCAACGCCUUCUCACAGGGCACGUCAGCCAUGCAGGUGUCACAUGCUCAGGCUCAUGACGCAGGUGCUGUUCCUCAAGUGUUCCUCACAGCUCCUCCAGGCACCGUUCAGAUCCCCGUCUCAGCGGUCCAGCUGCACCCAGUACGGCAAGAUCUGCAUUUUACAAAUGGUGAUUGGUCAGCAGUCGAGCGGCAGCAGCAGUAACCUGACGGAGCUGCAGGUGGUGAACCUGGACCCAGCACAGAACUCCAAGAGUGACUGACAGACGGCUGGACCUGUUCAGGACCCACAGACAGAUGGACGGACUAUUUAUUGAUGCCUUCUUAGGGUUUCACAGCUGAAUGUGACUUGAUGUAUAAACACACACAAAUGCAUCACUACAUCAGAACUAGUUUUCUACGCUGUUAACUUGUGUGUGUGGUUUAGAGUGGGGACAGAAACACACACACACGCACGCUGCCUGAGCUUCACACCAGCCAGAGACGCUUGUCUGAAUGUUCCUGUGUGAGCGGGACGUGCACACGCUCGUGCAUUAGUGAACAUAUCUGAGCUUUGUAAAUGGGCGGCCAGAUGACGCAGAAACACAUUUGUAAAU